AUGAGCAGCAGAAACAGUGGAAGAGAAUACUACAGUAUGCAACUAACAGGUUCAUUGCUUUUCCUGGGAAUAUUUGUGAUCCCAGCCAUCUGUUGCCAUGGCCAGGUUGAUCCCCUCGCCCUAGGCCGUGCAGAUUCCCAGUGCUGGGAGACAUCAACAGCAAUCCUACUGGAGAUGAAGAAGCCACGUAUCGCAGACACUGUCUCUGGCUUCUGGGAUUUAAUGAUUUACCUGAAGUCAUCUGAAAACAUAAAACAUGGAAUUCUGUUCUGGGACCUAGCACAGCUAUUCUGGGACAUUUAUGUGGAAUGUGUGCUUUCUAGAACACAUGGCCUUGGGAGGAGACAGCUGAAUGAUGGAAACAAAGAAAUUACAAAUUUGAUUUCACAUCUCACAUUAAGUAAGUUGCUUUUAGUACAUCAUUCUAGAGGAUACCUCCUAAUGUUCGAAUGCCAAAAGAGUUAG